GCUGGCCGGGUGGCGGGCGGGCGCGAGCGUGUGUGAGCGCCAGUCUGUGUGUGAGCGUGUGUGUGUGCGCGUCGGUGGGCUGGGGACUAGCGGCCGGCCGAGAGUGCCUGAGGACGCGGCUGCGCGGGCAGGAGCCGGGGGAGCAGCGGGCCGGCCGCGGCGGGGCGCUGCGGCGCUGGGGACCCAGGGGCAGCCAUGCAGUCUGUCAGGGAAAAUAUUCUUUUUGGAAUGGGAAAUCCUCUUCUUGACAUUUCUGCAGUUGUGGACAAAAUUUUCCUCGAUAAGUAUGGUCUAAAACCCAAUGACCAAAUUUUGGCAGAGGAGAAACAUAAAGAACUGUUUGAAGAACUUGUUAAAAAGUUCAAAGUGGAAUAUCAUGCUGGUGGUUCUACACAGAAUUCUAUGAAAGUUGCCCAGCAAACCUUCAGCUUGGUGCUCUUGCUACCAUUAAAGGCUAUGGACUUCAGAAUUUCUGGAGAAGCUCCCAGCUGUCAGAAAAUAAGACAAAAACAUAUAAUAUGCCUGAAAUGGAUGAUUCAAAGACCAUUCAAAGCAGCAACAUUCUUUGGCUGCAUUGGCAUGGACAAAUUUGGUGAGAUCCUGAAGAAGAAAGCUGCAGAAGCCCAUGUGGAUGCGCAUUACUAUGAACAGAAUGAGCAGCCUACAGGAACUUGUGCUGCCUGCAUCACCGGUGACAAUAGGUCCCUUGUUGCCAAUCUUGCUGCCGCCAAUUGUUAUAAAAAGGAAAAACAUCUUGACUUGGAAAAAAACUGGAAGUUGGUAGAAAAAGCCAAAGUUUAUUACAUAGCAGGCUUUUUUCUUACCGUUUCACCAGAAUCUAUAUUAAAAAUAGCUCGCCAAGCUUCUGAAAGCAAUAAGAUCUUCACUUUGAAUCUUUCUGCACCAUUUAUUAGUCAGUUCUUCAAGGAACCAAUGAUGAAAGUUAUGCCUUACGUCGACAUCCUAUUUGGAAAUGAAACCGAAGCCGCCACUUUUGCUAGAGAGCAAGGCUUCGAGACUGAAGAAAUUAAAGAGAUAGCCCGGAAGGCACAAGCCCUGCCAAAGGUGAACUUGAAAAGGCAGCGAACUGUAAUCUUCACCCAAGGGAAAAACGAUACAAUCAUGGCUACAGCAAAUGAAGUCAGUGUUUUCCCUGUCCUGGAUCAAAACCAGAGUGAAAUAGUUGACACCAAUGGAGCUGGAGACGCCUUUGUUGGAGGUUUUCUGUCCCAGCUGGUUGCUGACCAGCCCUUGACCGAAUGCAUCCGUGCGGGCCACUACGCUGCCAGCGUCAUCAUUAAGCGCUCUGGCUGUACCUUUCCAGAGAAGCCAGACUUCCAUUGAUGAGCAAAAGGAAGAGCCCAGGUGAAAAGACAGUGCCCAGAUUGGUUCCUGCUCAUCUCCCGCAGCCUGGUUUCCAUACUCAUAUUGUUAGAGAAGAACCUUUUCCUACUACAGUGAUACAUACUUAAUUUAGGGGGUACGAUGCUUAAGUAGAAGCUUUAUUCUCUCAUCAACUUGAAAAAGUGGUAUUAUUUACAUAAUUUGGUAGUCUCAUUCAAAUGUCAGUUACUUAAACAGUGUUACAACAUUUCAUCUUGCUCAUUUUCAGUUACUUUGUAAAUUCAUAUAUGUCUAGGAAACUGGCUAAUUUUUUAAAUUUCUGUUUUGAACACAGUUUCAUAAUUUCACAGAUAUAAAAUGUAUCAGUCCUAACAUCAGUUUAAGCUUUUUAUAUGCAUAUAUUUAAUUUAGGAGCAUAUAUAUGUGUAUAUAUAUGCAAAACAUAUAUAUAUUAAAAUUAAGGUACAGAAAUAUUUAUGCUAAGCGUCUUACCAAGAUAUGCCAAAUAGUCUCUUCAACGCACACUUCAAAUAUAUAAUGAACUUUGGGUAAUGUAACGAUUUGCCAAAUUUUAGAUUAUAUUAAAAUAUUCAAAUCAUAACCUGACACUUCCUGAUGGUACUAUGUAAUUUGAUACUGAUAAAAUAAACCUUGUCAAAUAUGAA